GGAGAAUGUUAACUGCCUUGCUUCACGGAUCUUGUCUUCUCCCUAUCCUUGUCCUAAUACCUAGUCGAUUUCCCAAUGCUCGCCCGUCGUCUGCGCUCUAAAUUUCCUGCACUCUCCCGUCGAUGGCAGACGACAGCGAGCACUACUGCCAUCGAGCCCCCACCCGCAGGCGGUCAUUCUUCAUCCGUCGCAUCCUCUCAGCUUUUCCGCAUCACACGAGAAUCUGCUCUCAGAACGCCAGGUAUAUCAUGGCAAGAUGAGGAAUCUGACCGUAACAUCAUCGGCGGCCGUGAGACACGCAAGAUGAAUCUCUAUCAAGCUGUGCGGGACGCCCUUAGUAUUGCACUCUCAAAGGAUGAUACUGCCGUCAUAUUUGGUGAGGAUAUAGCAUUUGGCGGGGUGUUUAGGUGCACAAUGGGCCUAGCAGAAGAAUUUGGUCGCGAACGCGUCUUCAAUACCCCAUUGACAGAACAAGGUAUCGCGGGUUUUGGCAUUGGCCUCGCAUCCAUGGGGCAUACUGCAAUCGCAGAAAUUCAGUUCGCUGACUAUAUAUUCCCCGCAUUUGAUCAGCUCGUGAACGAAGCCGCAAAGUUUCGCUACCGUUCAGGUGGACACUUCUCUAUCGGCGGGCUAACCGUGCGUACGCCAACCAUGGCCGUGGGUCAUGGUGGGCUAUACCAUUCACAGAGUCCUGAAGGGUUCUUCAUGGGCGCAUCUGGUCUCAAGGUCGUAAUACCCCGCUCCCCAAUCCAAUGCAAAGGUCUCCUCCUCUCAGCCAUCCGCGAUCCCAACCCAGUCAUAUUCAUGGAGCCCAAAAUCCUCUAUCGUUCUGCAGUCGAACAAGUUCCAAUCGACGACUUCUCCCUUCCUCUCUCCCGCGCCGAAAUUCUCAUCCCAGGAUCCGAUCUAACACUCCUAACAUGGGGCACCCCCGUCUACCACUGCGAAUCCGCCCUCCGUCUCCUCAACUCCCCACCACCCUCACUCGCACCACUCAUCCCACCCUCCCUUCGCAACGCCAAAGUUGAACUCAUCGAUCUCCGAACGAUAUUACCAUGGGACGUCGAAACAGUCGUAGAGAGCGUGCGCAGGACGAAGAGGCUCGUGAUCGUGCACGAAGCGGGUAUGACGGGUGGCGUCGGAGGAGAAAUCGCCGCUGAGGUCGGAAAGAGGGCUUUUUUGAGGUUGGAGGCGCCUGUGAGGAGGAUUACGGGAUGGGAUGUCCCAGCUGGGCUGCAGUUUGAGAAGUUUAAUAUGCCGGAUGCGGUCAGGAUUUUGGAUGGGAUUAUGGAGACGCUCAGUUACUAAUAAUCUGGUUGCUGAUUGGCGCUGUUCCUCAAGCUGGCUUUGCGCCCACGGUGUAGCAUAAGAGAUGCAAUUAAUGAUGUAGUACAUUAGUACGCACGUAUACCUUGUAUGAGUGUGAUACCAACAUGUUUUGAGGUACGGAAAGA